AUGAGCUCGAAUAGCUCAAAGCGCAAAGUUGUUGCGCUGGGUUUGUUUGAGGAUGAAGAGGACUUGAUUGCUGCAAAAAUUGAGCCCAAGCCUGUUGUUUUCAAGAAGAUAAAGAAGGAAACGGCAGCUCAGCUAAAACAAGAGUAUGAUGACGAACACGAUGUCAAAGUCAAGAAAGAGAGCAUGACUUCUGUUAAGCGAGAGCAAUCUGAGCCUGAGGGUAUUCAGUUUAUUCCGCAGGUUAAGAAGGAGUCGAAGUUGUCACAACUGGCUAAACGGGAGAAGCUGGAGAUGGAGAGUGAAAAGCUCAUUGACCAGACACCAAUAUCAGAUAUAGAAGAUGAUAUCCAGGUGGAUAGGGACUGGUAUAAUGCCGAUGAGCUCGGACAUGGUUUUGACGAUCCCUAUCCCUUUGGGGGAGACUUUGAACAAGACGAACAACGAGAGGCUCAACUGAAGACGCAGGAAAGAAAGAGACAAUCCACCAGGUCGAUACGAAACAAAGAGGCCGAGACGAAGUGGUUCCAGAAUAGGAUUCAGGCCAGUGGAAUUAAAGGUCAGCAUAGAAGCGAGGUUGACCUGUUUGUCGAUGAUGAAGAUGAAGAGGCUUUGGGAGCCAAGAUCAUGACGCAUCGUCUGGUUCCUCCGUUUUUGAAGGACUCAGUGAUAUUGACGAAGCAGAAAGAGAACGUCGACCCCAUUAGAGACCCUACUGGUGAUCUUGCAACUUCAGCUAGGAAAGGAUCGGAAUUGGUCAACGAGAGAAGACACCAACGUGAAAGGGAAAAGCAGGCCAAAGAGGCUGUGAACGCUUCCGGGACGACUCUGGAUAGCAUAACCACCAAGACACUGGAUCAGGAGGCGUCUCGCAAACCGCAUGAGUCAUCACACGGUGAGACCGAACUGGAAUCAGAACCAACUUUGGAGGACAUAAAAGCGCAAAGAAAAACUCUGCCUGCAUACCAAGUACGCGAUGAAGUGUUGAAGGUUAUUGGCGAAAACCAAGUCACCAUCGUCAUCGGUGAAACUGGUUCAGGAAAAACAACACAACUGACCCAGUUUCUUUAUGAAUCAGGAUACCAAACAACAGGAAUGAUUGGAUGUACGCAACCAAGAAGGGUUGCUGCCAUGAGUGUUGCCAAGAGGGUGAGCGAGGAAAUGGGUGUUCGGUUAGGAGACGCUGUGGGAUUUACGAUUAGAUUUGAGGAUAAAACAUCCUCUAAGACCAAGAUCAAGUACAUGACCGAUGGCAUUCUGCUUCGUGAGUUUUUGAUAGAUCCUGAUCUGGAUAAGUACUCCUGUAUCAUCAUGGAUGAGGCACACGAAAGGUCUCUAAACACGGACAUUCUGUUGGGGUUGUUUAAGUCCAUAUUGACUAGAAGGAGGGAUCUGAAGUUGAUAGUCACCUCUGCUACUAUGAAUGCAGAUAGGUUCUCUAGGUUUUUUGGAGGGGCUCCCCAGUUCACAAUUCCAGGCCGUACUUUCCCAGUCGAAACGUACUAUUCAAUGGCACCUUCAUCAGAUUACGUGGAUGCUGCCGUGAGACAGGUUCUAAGGAUUCACACACGCAAUGACCCUGGUGAUAUACUCGUCUUCAUGACUGGUCAGGAGGACAUUGAGGCGACAUGCGACGAGAUCGAGUUCAGACUGAAAAAACUUGGUGAAGAAAAUGUGACACCUCUUCAAAUUUUACCAAUUUACUCUUCAUUGCCAGCAGAUUUGCAAGCCAAAAUCUUCCAAAAGUCACCCGUCAGAAAGUGCAUCGUUGCUACCAAUAUUGCAGAGACAUCACUCACUGUUGAUGGUGUUAUGUUUGUGAUCGAUACGGGAUUGUCGAAACUGAAGGUGUUCAAUUCAAAACUUGGAAUGGACACUUUGCAAAUCACUCCUAUUUCAAUGGCUCAGGCAAAUCAGAGAUCGGGAAGAGCUGGAAGAACCGGUCCGGGUAUCGCUUAUAGACUUUUUACGGAAUCUUCUGCCCGAAAUGAGAUGUACGUUCAGCCAAUCCCGGAGAUUCAAAGGUCCAACCUAGCCAAUACGUUGUUGCUGUUGAAGUCUUUAAACGUGAAAGAUUUGCUGAAGUUCCCUUUCCUCGACUCGCCUCCCGAAGACAUUGUGAACUCUUCGCUGUACGAUUUAUGGGCAAUUGGGGCUCUGGACAACUUUGGAAAUCUGACCAAGCUUGGUGCCAAAAUGUGCAACUUUCCAAUGGAGCCGAGUCUUUCGAAGCUUCUGAUAAUGUCGUCACAAUACGGAUGCUCCAAAGAGAUAGUCAUCAUCGUGUCCAUGCUAUCUGUUCCCAAUGUCUUCUACAGACCCAGAGAGAGACAACAGCAGUCUGACCAGGCGAGGGAGCGAUUUUUUGUACCCGAAAGUGACCAUCUCACUAUGCUCAAUGUUUAUGAGCAGUGGAUUGCAAAUAAGAGCUCUGAAAAAUGGUGCCAGAAACACUAUUUGCAUCACAAAUCUCUGCGAAGGGCCCGUGAUAUUAAGUCGCAACUGGAAGCUAUUAUGGAGAGGCAGGACUUGGUAAUGACUUCAAGUGGAACGGACUGGGACAUUAUUAGGAAAUGCAUAUGUUCGUGUUUCUAUCCUAAUGCCUCCAAAGUGAAAUCUUACGGUGAGUAUGUUGGCCUAAGAAGUGGGUUUCCGAUGAGCUUACAUCCAACUUCUGCUCUCUACGGGCUUGGUGACCAGCCCACGUAUGUGGUAUACCACGAACUCAUAAUGACAGGCAAGGAAUACAUGAAUAUCGUUUCUAGUGUGGAUCCUGAUUGGUUGUGUGAGUUUGGGCCUAUGUUCUACAGCUUCAGAGAUGAAAGAGUCACCAGUCGCGAAAAUCAAAGAAACAAAGAGCUGGCCUUCGAAAGACACAUUGAAGAACAGAAACGGCAUCUACUACCGGACGAGAAGAUGACGAGAAAGGACGAUAAGAAAAAGGCUGAGACAGAUCUACAGAAACUGAAGAAUAGGAGGAAGCGUAUAGGAUUUUAG